AUGAGGCGCUUGCUGCUAGCGCUUAUGCUCUCAGUAGUAGUGGUCCAGCUGGGAUUCGCAUGUCCAAUAAGAUGUUCGUGUUCUACAAACACUGUCAUAUGUACAGGAUUAAAUCUUACAAAAAUCCCCUCUGGAAUUCCAUUCGGGACACAUCGUCUUGAUUUGCAAGAGAAUCGAAUCGCUGUAAUUCGUCGUGAUGAUCUUCGACAUUUGAAGCAACUGAAAAUUUUGCAACUAAUGGACAACCAUAUUCAUUCAAUUGAGGAGGGAGCGUUUAGUGAAUUGGAAGCUUUAGAGAGAUUGAGGCUAAAUCGCAACCGAUUACGACUUCUUCCAGACAAGAUUUUCGCUGAAAAUAAGAAUCUGCAUCGAUUGGAUCUCAGCGAGAAUUUUCUCACAGCAAUCACUGAUGAUCAACUUCAAGGUCCAAAAAGUAUGCAUAAUCUACAACUGGACAGGAAUUCGUUAGUAUGUUUGGAAACGUCGGUGAUUUCCACAUGGAAUUCGUUGGAGAUUUUCACUCUUAAUGGGAAUAACCUUACGACAUUGGGUGAAAUCGAAAUGAUGCCAAAUUUGAGGCUCUUUCGUCUCGGAGAGAAUCCGUGGCAUUGCGAUUGUCGCCUAAAGUGGAUGAAGCGGACUCUGAGUGGCCAGUCUGCCAGUUUAGUCAAAUGUAUGAGGCCAGCAUUUCUUCAGGGGAGAACAAUGGAUCUUUUGGAUGAAUCGUUGAUGAAAUGUUCGGGAAUUGAGAAACGUGCUACAGUUUCGUGCGCUGAUGCUCAUGUCUGUCCACCAGCGUGCACCUGCACGGACACAACAGUCGACUGUCGUGAUCGAGGACUUACGCACAUUCCUGCGAAUUUGCCAAGCUCCACUACGGAAUUGAGACUAGAACAAAAUCAGAUCACAUAUGUCCCUCCAAAAGCAUUUCAAAAUUUGCGAAACUUGAAACGAUUGGAUCUCAGCAAGAACAACAUUGUAGAAGUGGCACCACGAGCAUUUCAAGGACUCCAUACUCUUAACUCAUUAGUGUUGUACGGUAACAACCUGACGGAACUUCCAGCAGAAGCAUUCGAUGGACUAAAAAGUCUGCAGUUACUUCUCCUAAACGCCAAUCAAUUACAAUGUAUUCGUAGAGGAACAUUUGAUCCGUUGACGGAACUCAAUCUACUUUCACUAUACGAUAAUCAAAUACGAUCAAUCAGUAAUGAGACAUUCCAUAAACUCUCAAAACUCCAAACACUUCAUCUCGCGAAGAAUCCACUAAUCUGUGAUUGUAACUUGGAGUGGUUGGCUGAACUCCAAGAGGCAAGAAACAUCGAAACGAGCGGCGCCAGGUGUGAAGCACCGAAGAGGGUGUCCAGAAAACGUUUUGCAGCGUUACCUCCGAGCAAAUUCCGUUGCAAAGGAACUGAGAUCUAUCAGACACAACGAGCUGACGAAUGUUUUAUCGAUGUCGACUGUCCGGCUCAAUGUACAUGUCAUGGCACAGUUGUCGAUUGCAGCAACAAAGGUCUAAUCGAGGUACCGCACGAAAUUCCUCAAUUUACUACUGAACUAUACCUUACCAGAAACAGGAUCUCAGUUAUUAGUGCUGCCUCAGGUCUCUCAAAGCUACAGAAUCUCCUUAAACUGGACAUCUCAUCCAACAACAUUGUCGCUAUUGAAGAAGGAAGUUUGACAGAUAUGAAAUCUUUACGUGACCUAAAUCUUUCACAUAACAAACUUCGACAUUUCUACAGUGCUGUACUUGGGACAUCAAACGUCAUAGAAGUACUUUCGCUUGGUUCGAACCUAUUGCAGUGUCUAGCACCAUCUACUAUUGGAAAUCUAACACAACUUCGUUUUAUUUCCUUGUCAAACAAUCAACUAAAGUGCAUAACACCCAACACAUUCGACGGCUUAAAACAUUUAAGAACAUUACAAAUAAGUGGUAAUGACCUUCCAUGCGAUUGUCAGGUGUUACCUCUUGUUGAGUGGAUGAGGGCAAACACCACAAGAACCGUCGAAGCUGGUCAAUGUACUCGGCCUGCUGAGAUGCUCGGGAAGAAUCUGGAAGAUCUCACCAAGGAUGACAUGAAAUGCUCUGGAGAAAUCGUGGAAAGCGCUUGUGCUGGGAACGGAGAUUACUGUCCGGCUAGUUGUACUUGUCAGGAUACCAUUGUUCGAUGCUCAAACAAGGAAUUGACAGCGUUCCCAUCUGCAAUUCCUGUCGAUACCACGGAAUUAUUCCUGGACUCUAACGUUAUAGACGAAAUUCCCAUCGAUCAAAUCAGCAGACUUAGCAAUUUGGUGAAACUGGACAUGUCCCACAAUCGGGUAGAAUCAAUAGAGGAUGGUACAUUUGCAAAUCUGACCAAGCUGUCUACACUCAUCCUCUCGUAUAAUAAAUUACGUUGUCUUCAACCACAUUCGUUUGCUGGACUACGCUCGUUAAGGAUAUUAUCAUUACAUGGGAACGAUAUUUCAUUGUUACCUGAAACUGCAUUCGAGAGCCUAGGAAAUAUUACUCACAUUGCUGUAGGCAGUAAUUCGCUUUAUUGCGAUUGUCGUAUGGAAUGGUUCUCCAGAUGGAUUAAAUCAAAAUUUGUGGAAGCUGGAAUAGCACGUUGUGUUGCACCACCAAAUGUUGCUAAUCAGUUGCUGCUCACCGCUCGAUCAAAUCAAUUCCAGUGUGCUGGAGUAGUCCCGACUUCCGUUUCUGCGAAAUGUGAUGCUUGUGUUAUGUCACCGUGUAAGAAUGGUGCUCGUUGUGAAACUACGAGUGGACGCAGUUAUCGCUGUCACUGCGCCGCAGGUUUUCACGGAAAAGAUUGUGAACUUGAAAUCGACGCUUGUUAUGGGCAUCCAUGUCUGAACAAUGCGGUUUGUAAGGUGAUCCAAGAAGGCCGUUUCACAUGUGUUUGUCCCAAAGGUUUCAAAGGAGAUUACUGUGAAGUAAAUAUUGAUGACUGUGAGAAGAACAAAUGCCAAAAUGGAGCCAAAUGUAUCGAUAUGAUUAAUUCGUAUCGAUGUGAAUGUGGUCCUAUGUAUGGUGGCAAGUACUGUGAAGAGAAAUUGGAAUUCUGCAGUAAAAGAUUGAAUCCAUGCGAGAACGGAUCAAAAUGUCAUAGGAAAGGAGCCGAUUACAUGUGCGAAUGUUUGCCCGGUUUUACUGAUCGAAAUUGUUCCACAAAUAUCGACGAUUGCGGGGAUCAUCUUUGCAAAAACGGUGGAAUAUGUGUGGAUGGCAUCACAACUUAUUCCUGUCAAUGUGUGAUGGGCUUCUCUGGACAAUUUUGUGAAAUACCACCAAUGGGAAAUGCGCUAUAUCCGAACACCGCGCAAUGUCAUAGCCUUCUCUGCGGCCAUGGUUCGUGCUAUACUAAUGAGGACAUGAGUGAAUAUGAGUGCAAAUGUCAUGAAGGCUAUACCGGUGAUAAAUGCGAUAAGAUACGUUCCAUCGGGCUUCAUCAUCCAGCAGCUUACGCAGCACUGGAACCAUGGGCGGUUGCAAACGGAAAUCUUACUUUUACAAUUAGAACAAGUAAUGAAAGCGGUCUGAUCGCUUACUAUGGAGAUGAUAAUUUCAUCUCUGUUGAACUGUACGAUGGCCGAAUUAAAAUCGCCUUCUACAUUGGCAACUAUCCAGCAAGUCACAUGUACAGCUAUGUCACAGUGAAUGACGGGAUGGCUCAUAGGAUCGAAAUUCUUGUCAAAGGAAAAAAGUGUUCCCUAUCGAUAGACAAUCAGACCCUACAGUCAGUCGAAAAUGAUGGGAAAUUGGAGAAAUUCUCGCUUGAUACGAAACAAUAUCUGUAUAUCGGUGGACUACCUGUCGAUAAGGCUACACGAGUGAAAUCCUUGUUUCACGUGAAGGAAACGCACAGUUUCAAAGGAUGCAUUAGUGACGUCUUCGUUAACGAUGUAGCCGUGGACUUCGAGAAUGCCAUCGAAAAAGAGAGGAUAACACCUGGUUGUGCAGGUGUAGUCGACCUCUGCACAGGUGUUGACUGCGGACGAGGAAGUUGCGAGGUAAAUUUGACGUCAAGCCGAGGCUACAGCUGUCGCUGCGAACAGGGAUUCUCUGGAGAUUUCUGUCAGAAACGCGUAAUCACUUGUAACAAAGAGAAGUUUCGACGAUACCACGAGGAUGGAGAUUGCCGAUCCGUGGACAUGGUGAAGAACGCCGAAUGUGUUGGAUAUUGCGGCGAGGGGGAGGUUAGUUGCUGUGCUGCUGUGAAAACGAAGAGAAGAAAGCUCCGAAUGACCUGUCGUAAUGGUCAGAUAAAACACACAAUGAUUACGAUUGUACGCAAAUGUCAAUGCAGUAACACAUGUCGAGCCAGAACGUAUCGUUCAUUAAUGACUAGGCGAUGA